UCUCUCUCUCCUUCUCUCUCUCGGUGUCUCUGUCUGUGUAUCCGUCUCUCCCGGGGCCCGCGUCCAGCGGAGCGGUGCGCGCUCUCCCGCAGGCGGUGCGCGGGCCGGUGCCAGCUGGGCGCUAUGGAGAGGCAGGGGCCGGGGCGGGGGCAGGGGCCGGGGCGGCGGGUCCCGGCGGGCCCCGGACUCCUGGCUGGUCGGUUGCUGCUGGCGGCGGCGGUGGCGGCGGCCCUGGGGCUCCACGGCUGCGGCGGGACCUGCUCCGAGCGGGAGCUGGAGCUGCGGGAGGAGGAGGCCAACGUGGUGCUCACCGGGACGGUGGAGGAGAUUCUCAACGUGGACCCCGUCCAUCUCACCUACUCCUGCAAGGUGCGGGUUUGGCGCUAUCUGAAGGGCAAGGAUGUGGUGACUCACGAGAUCCUGCUGGACGGGGGCAACAAGGUGGUCAUCGGGGGCUUUGGAGAUCCCUUGAUCUGUGACAACCAGGUAUCCACUGGGGACACACGGAUCUUCUUCGUGAACCCCGUGCCCCGCACCGUGUGGCCCGACCACAGGCAUGAACUGAAGCUCAACUCCAGCCUCCUGCGGAUCACUCUGCGGAACUUGGAAGAGGUGGAACACUGCGUGGAGGACAAGCCUGGGAACCACUUCACCCAGUCUCCCCCACCCCCGCCGGAUGCGUGCCGGGGGAUGCUGUGCGGCUUCGGCGCGGUGUGUGAGCGGAGCGUGGCGGAGCCGGCCCAGGCAGCCUGUGUGUGCAGGAAAAGUCCCUGUGCCCCGGUGGUGGCCCCAGUCUGCGGCUCUGACGGCUCCACUUACAGCAACGAGUGUGAGCUGGACCGGGCCCAGUGCACCCAGCAACGGCGCAUCAAGGUCAUCAGCAAAGGGCCGUGCGGCUCCCAGGACCCAUGCUCUAGCGUGUCCUGCAGUUUCGGCAGCUCUUGCGUCCCCGCGGCUGACGGGCGGUCAGCCAGAUGCCUGUGCCCAGCGUCGUGCGACGACGUGCCCACAGGCACAGUGUGUGGCAGCGAUGGCCAGGACUACCCCAGCCAUUGCCGGCUAAGCCUGCACGCCUGCACCCACCACCGGAAUAUCUUCAAGAAGUUUGAUGGACCCUGCGACCCAUGCCAUGGUGCCCUCAAUGAUCUGAACCGUGUGUGCCGGGUGGACCCUGGCACACGCCACGCUGCCAUGCUGCUGCGGCCCGAGAGCUGCCCACCCCGGCGGGAGCCGGUGUGUGGGGAUGAUGGUGUCACAUAUGCCAGCGAGUGUGCCAUGGGAAGGACGGGGGCCUUGCGCGGUUUCGAGAUUCGCAGGGUCCGCAAGGGGCCGUGCCAGCCUCAAGACCAGUGCUCUGAGCCCUGUGCCUUCAAUGCCGUGUGCCUGAACCGCCGUGGAGGCGCCCGCUGUUCCUGCGACCGCAUCGUCUGCGACGGCGCCUUCCGCCCGCUCUGUGCCCAUGGUGGCCGCACCUUUGACAACCUGUGCGAGCUACAGCGUGCCGAGUGUGCCCAACGCAUCGCCAUCCCCGUCAAACAUGAUGGCCCCUGUGACCAGGGCCCUCCCAGCCCCUGCCUUGAUGUCGAGUGCCCAUUCGGGGCUAGCUGUGUGGUCAAGAACGGGCAAGCAACGUGCGAGUGCCCGCAGGGCUGUCCUGGGCGCUAUGACCCUGUGUGCGGCUCCGACGGCCUCACUUAUGGCAGUGCCUGCGAGCUGACCGCCAUGGCCUGUGUCCUCCAGAAGGAGAUCCGCAUCCAGAAUCGGGGGGCCUGUGAUCGCUGUGGGUCAUGCCAGUUUGGUGCCAUCUGUGAAGCAGAGACUGGGCGCUGCGUUUGCCCUACGGAGUGUGUGCCUUCCGCCCAGCCUGUCUGCGGCUCUGAUGGGCAAACCUACGGCAGCGAGUGUGAGCUGCAUGUCCACGCCUGCACCCAGCAGACCCCACUUCGGGUGGUGGCCCAGGGCCGCUGUGAGACCUGUGGUGCCACGGUCUGCUCUUUCGGAGCCAUAUGUGUGGACGGCCAGUGCGAGUGUCCGCGCUGUGACCCCCAAGGGCAGGCGCCCUCCCCGGUGUGCGGUAGUGAUGGGGUCACCUACUCCAGUGCUUGUGAGCUGCGGGCAGCUGCCUGCCGUCGGGCAGAGAAGAUUGAGGAGGCCCAGGCGGGGGUCUGUGAAGAUGAGUGCGGCUCAGGGGGCUCUGGCUCCGGUGACGGGGGCGAGUGUGAGCGGGAACGGUGCCGGCGGCUUGGGGGCCUGUGGGAUGAGGACGCGGAGGACCAGGAUGACCGCUGCAUCUGUGACUUCUCCUGCCAGACCACUCUGCGUAGUCCGGUGUGCGGCUCUGAUGGUGUCACAUACGAGAACGAGUGUGAGCUGAAGAAGAGGCGUUGUGAGAGACAGCUGGACCUUUAUGCCACUGCCCAAGGGGCCUGCCAGGCCUCCCCCACGUCGCCCCCACCCCUGCCCCUGCCCGUGCUGCCCUGCGCUCAGACCGUGUAUGGCUGCUGCCCGGACGGUGUCACCGCGGCCCUGGGCGUCGGCCUGGCCGGUUGUCCAAGCAGCUGCCAGUGCAACCUGUAUGGUUCCUACGGGGGUGUCUGUGACCCGACCUCAGGCCAGUGCUCCUGCCGGCCCGGCGUAGGGGGCCCCCGCUGCGACCGCUGCGAGCCGGGAUUCUGGAACUUCCGAGGCAUCGUCACCGAAGGGCUCAGCGGCUGCACCCCCUGUAACUGCUCCCCGAGGGGCUCAGUACGGGAUGACUGUGAGCAGAUGACUGGCCUGUGCUCCUGCAAGGCGGGCGUCACGGGUAUGCAGUGCAACCAGUGUUCCGAUGGCAGUGCCUUGGGUGCCAGUGGCUGCCAGGAAGACCCAUCUGCCCCGAAGUCCUGCACUGAGCUGAAUUGCAAGUUUGGGGCCACCUGUGUGGAGGUCGAUGGCUUUGCCCACUGUUCCUGCCCAUCACCUCUCUGCCCGGAGCCCAACGUGACCAAGGUCUGUGGUUCAGAUGGGGUGACCUAUGCAGACCGAUGCCAGCUGCAGACCAUCGCAUGCCGCCAGGGGCAGGAGAUCUCUGUGAAACACCUGGGGCAGUGCCAGGAAUCUGUGACUCAUGGAGCUGUGCCCACACAACCAGCCACAACCGUACCCAUAGCUCUGCUCACACAGCCCCCAGACCAGCCCCACCCCCGGGCCCCGAGACCCACAUCCCAGGACUUUGAGCCCCCAGCGGAGCCCAGGAUGCCAGAGCCAGGGGCUACGGUGCCAAGGACCAGACCACCUGGGACCACUCCCCAUCCAUGGCCCACCACCCGACGGAUCACCACAGCCCGGCCCUCCACCCCGGCCUGGACCACGGCUCGGCUGCCCACCCAGGCCCGGACCACGGCUCGGCCUCCCCUGAGUGCUCCCAUGGUACUGACCCCGCCCCCACCACCAACAUUCAGCGAGUCGGAGUCAGGCAGCGCGGAAGGCAGUGGAGAUGAGGAACAAAGUGGCGACCGGGAGACCAGUGGGAUGGGAUCUGCAGGGCAGGAGAAAGAGGAGGAGAGGGAAGAAGAGAGCAGGACAGUGCCCACGCCCGCUGUCGAGAGGGCUUCAUGCUACAAUACGGCCCUGGGCUGCUGCUCAGAUGGCAAGACAGUGGCCGUGGACACCGAGGGGACCAACUGCCCAGCCACCAAGGUGUUCCCAGGGGUCCUCGUGCUGGAGGAGGUGGAGGGACAAGAACUGUUCUACACUCAGGAGAUGUCGGACCCCAAGUCCGAGCUGUUCGGAGAGACAGCCCGGAGCAUUGAGGGCGCGCUUGAUGACCUCUUCCGAAACUCGGACGUCAAGAAAGACUUCCGCAGUGUCCGGCUGCGGGACCUGGGGCCAAGCGGCUCUGUCCGUGCCAUAGUGGAUGCCCACUUCGACCCCACCACAACCUUCACUGCCCCCGAUGUGGCUCGAGCCCUGCUCAAGCAGAUCAGAACAUCCAAGAAGAAGGCCAUUGUGGUGAGAAAGCCACAGCAAGACCACGUGAAAUUCAUGGACUUUGACUGGGUGCCCACACUCUUCACCACCACGGCCACCACUACAGCCAGCGGCACCACCAGCUCUCAUCGGACCACCCGUCCCCCGGGAACUCCCCGGGCCUUGUCCCCGGGCCAUUUUCCGGCCGCCACCACCCCCCGCCAUCUAGCUGCCACGAGCCGGUCGCCCCCUCGGCCCUGUGACUCGCACCCAUGUCUCCACGGGGGCACCUGCCACAACGAGGACAAGGACUUCACCUGCAACUGCCCAGCCGGUUGGGGGGGUGCUGUCUGUGAGCAAGCUGUGCACUAUUCGAUCCCGGCCUUCGGUGGCCAGUCGUACCUGGCCUUCCGGGUUCUGCGUGCCUACCACACCGUGCGGGUGGCCAUGGAGUUCCGGGCCAUGGAGCCGCAAGGUCUCCUGCUGUACAACGGGCAGAAUCGGGGCAAAGACUUCAUCUCCCUAGCGCUGGUGCGGGGCUUUGUGGAGCUCAGGUUCAACACAGGGUCGGGCACAGGCACGGUAACCAGCAAGGUACCUGUGGAGCUGGGCAAGUGGCACCAGCUGGUGGUGAGCCGGAACCGGCGCAGUGGGUCCUUAUCUGUGGAUGGGGAGCCCCCCGUGACCGGCGAGAGUCCCAUCGGCACCGACGGCCUGGACCUGGACACUGACCUGUUUGUGGGCGGGGUGCCAACUGACCAGUUGGCCGUGGUGUCUGAGCGCACGGCGGCCAUGGCUGGCCUCAAGGGCUGUGUCCGCCUGCUGGAUGUGAAUGAUCGGGGCUACGAGCUGCAGGAAGAAGGCAGUGAUGUCCUCUAUGGCUCCAGCAUUGGCCAGUGUGGGGACAACCCCUGCCAGGGCUCACCCUGCCACCAUGGGGGCACCUGCCACAUUCAGGAAGCUGCAAUCCACUGUUCCUGUCUGCCUGGUCCCACCUGCGCUGAUGAACGAGACCCCUGCCAGCCCAGCCCUUGCCACGGAGCUGCCACCUGCCUAGUGCUGCCUGACGGAGGGGCCAAGUGCAAGUGCCCCAUGGGGCGCGAGGGUGAAUUCUGCCAGACAGUCACAGACCAGGACCAGGAGCUGGGUCACACUGCACCCUUCCUCCCCCAGUUCAAUGGCUUCUCCUUCCUGGAGCUGAAAGGGCUUCACACCUUUGGGGGUGAUGUGGGGAAGAAGAUGGAAAUGGAGGUCAUCUUUCUGGCCAAGAGCCCCAGCGGCCUCCUGUUUUACAACGGGCAGCGGACGGAUGGGCGGGGAGACUUUGUGUCCCUGGCUCUACACGACGGGCACCUAGAGUUCCGCUACGACCUGGGCAAAGGGACAGCCGUCAUCCGGAGUCGGGAGCUUAUCACCCUGGACACCUGGACCAGCGUCUCCCUGGAAAGGAAUGACCGGAAGGGUGUCCUGCGGGUCAACGGUGGGGAGAGAGUCCUGGGCGAGUCACCGAAAUCCCGUAAGGUACCCCAUACGUCCCUGAACCUGAAGGAGCCACUAUUCGUGGGGGGCGCCCCAGACUUCAGCCAGCUGGCCCGGGCAGCUGCCCUAUCCUCUGGCUUCCAAGGGGCCAUCCAAUGGAUCUCCCUCCAGGGGAUCCCGCUGCUGACCAAGGCGAAUGUCCAGGCGGCUGCUGCAGUCUCCCAGUUCCAUGGACACCCCUGCACGCGGGCACCGGGCCAGCCGUGUCACCAUGGUGGCUUGUGCCUUCCCAGGCUGGACACCUAUGAGUGCCAGUGCCUGAGAGGCUUCUCGGGGGGGCACUGCGAACAAGUGCUCAUUGAGAAGUCAGCCGGAGACCCAGAGGCCAUUGCCUUUGAUGGCCGGACAUCCAUCGAGUACCACAAUGCGGUGACCUCAAGCCAACUGACCAAUGAGAUCCCAGCUCCUGCUGGUUCGGGCUCAGCCAGCGAGCCCAGUGAGAAGGCCCUGCAGGCCAACCACUUCGAGUUGAGCAUCAAGACGGAGGCCACCCAGGGGCUCGUGCUGUGGAGUGGGAAGGCCACAGAGCGGGCCGACUACAUCGCCCUGGCCAUCGUUGAUGGCCACCUGCACAUGUCCUACGACCUCGGCUCCAAGCCUGUCGUCCUCCGCUCCACGGUGCCAGUCAACACCAACCGCUGGGUGCGGGUCAAGGCUCACAGGGUACACAGGGAAGGGACCCUGCAGGUCGGCAAUGAAGCCCCCAUCACCGGCUCUUCUCCGCUGGGGGCCACCCAGCUGGACACGGACGGGGCCCUGUGGCUGGGAGGAGUGGAGAAGCUGACCGUCACCCACAGGCUGCCCAAGGCCUAUGGCACCGGCUACAUUGGCUGCAUCCGAGAUGUGCUGGUGGAUGGCAGAGAGCUGCACCUGGUGGGUGACGCCGUGAACAAGCCCACGAUAUUACAGUGCUCAGCCAAAUAGCGCCCGCCCGGCCCUUGGCCUGGGCCCCCAUCCCCCGUCCAGCCCCCAGCCCCGCCCCGCCGCCACCACCGGCUACUGUAAUUAUUUUCUAUUUUUGUAAACUCUUGCUUGUUUUUAUAUCAUUUGUUAUUUGCCCAUGGGUUGGAGACAGAGGACCCUCACCCGCACGCCUGGGGCAGUUGGGGUUAUGUGGGACCUCUGACCUUUGACCCUGGCUGCGGGACUUCCGGGGCCGUGGUAGGACGGAAGCCAGCGAGAUUCAUCCCGCAGGAGAAGCUCCCAGAGUUUGCAAGGGGACAUCAAGGACACAGGGGACAGCAGAAGUUCUUCCGUGGGGCUUUCCCCGACCUUCUCCAAGUCCCAUUUUCUUCCAUUUUGCCCCCAACCCCAGGAAGGGUGAGGGAGGUAGCUGGGCCGACCAUGGCAACGGCCUUCGCUUCCAUCUGGUGUUCAGAGGUGGCCGUCCGACCCCAGCCCAACCCCUUUGGCUUGAAGCGGGGUGGGUGGGGGUAGCCAGAAAGCCAGUUGGUCCACUCACCCCUCCUUCCGCUCCUUUCCCAUGGCCUCUGUCCCCUUCUGAUUUGUGUUUGUAAUUUAUGUGUGUAAGAGUCUGACUGUAUUUGGGGAUUUUUAAUGCACUGCUUAACCCCCCAUCCCCACCCAACCCUCGGGGCCGUGUGGACCAUUUCAGAGCUAGGGCCCCCACCCUGACCCCCCUCCACCCGGCCAGGUCCUAGCUCUCUGCAUUUGAUGGGGGCAGGGGCUGACUGUCCCCCCUCCCUCCACUAGACCCAGUCCUCAGCCCAGCAGCUGGGACAUCUAUUUUUAGCCAGACGUGCCCCAGCCCGACCUGGCUUGUCCCUGCUGUUGCAGCUAAAGCCCCCUCCCCUCUGUGCCCCUUCCUACCACCCCCCAGGGAUGGGGGAAAUCAACCCAGUGCAGAGAGCUUUCUCUGCCAUGCUCCUGCCACUCCCACCUCUGCCACCUCUGCAGCCCAGCCUGCUAGAGAACUCACGGAGACCUGACCUGGCCUGACCUGGCCUGACCCCAGAGACGCCUUCUGAUUCUCUGACUCUGAAGCGACUCUAUGUAGGGACCAAAGCCAGAGCUGCUGUUGCCCACAAUGUGCCCGACUAGGCAGAAGCCACCCUGUCUCUUCCCAUCCCAACUCCCUCUCCCCCUCCCACCUUCUCCACCUUCACAUGUGUCUACAUGCAUGUUCAGUCCAUUCAGCCCUGCUAACCCUAGGGCCCGCAAGAAGGUUACUGUUGUAUUUGCUCACCACCAGUCACCCCGCUUCCUGGCCUCACCCCGACUUGAGGGCCCUGAUGGGCUGGUCUCGGCCUGAGCAAUUCCUCAGCAUCCCUCUUGUGCCUGGGCUUUGGCUUGGAAAGUGCUGGCCGCUGGGAGGUGGUGGAUAUGUGAGUAAUUACAAUAAUCACAUCUGCCUAUUUCUUCAAGCAGAGCGACCCUCCCCACCCCUGGGAGUUGGGAAGCACCAAACUCUAGGAUGAUAGGGGAGGGAGUGGGGGCCAGACACUGAUGUCUCUCAGUCAUCGAGGCUCAGGGAGCCCUCGAGGGGCUACAACUAGCCCCCUUGACUUUACCCCUUAGCCAGACCCUGUUUCCCAUGAAAAAUCCCUCUCAACCUCGCCACUUCUGUGGUUGUUCCCCACCCCCAGUAAGGGCAUGGUGAUAGCCCAUUAAAGUGAAACCCUAAAUCCCCCUCAGUCUGCAGUCAGAGCCCAGAUCCAGCCCGUUAGGGGCCCACUGCAGAGGGGAGGGUUCUCCUCGAGUGGCAGCUGGGGUAGGGACAGGGAAGUAGGGGUCAGUUUUUAAGGGAAGUCCCAGGGUGGGGGGUGGGUGGAAUCUUGGGGGGAUAUUUUCCAGUUCGUCCACGCGGCCGCAUGUUUCUCAGGUGAGACUCCGGGACACGGGGUCCCGCUGUUGGCCCGGGGGUGGGGUGGGGUCCAGCAUGAUGUAACCGUUACUAACUGUGUCUUUGUCAAUCACUGCGAAAUAAAGUUUGGAAACUUGGGCAGAG